GGGAUUGGGAACGACCUCACAGUUCGACGCCUUACGGAGAUGUGUCAGAAGCAUCGCCCAAGACUUGUGUUCCUUUCUGAGACGAAGAAUAAAAGGCUGCUGUUGCAAAACAUUCAGACCGACUUAGGAUUUGAUCAUUUGUUUACUGUUGAGCCACUUGGACUCAGCGGAGGUUUAGUUUUAUUUUUUAUGGAUGAAUUUCAAGUUAAUGUUUUAUUUUCAAAUAAUCGUAUGAUUGACAUUGAGGCAGUCAUUGAUGGAAUAAAAGUCUAUAUGACGUUUGUUUAUGGAGACCAUGUAUUAGAAAGAAGAGAUCAAGUUUGGGAACGUUUUACGCGUUUCUCAACAACAAGAAAUGGACCUUGGUUCAUGAUAGGAGAUUUUAAUGAAAUAACAUGUCAUGAUGAGAAAGCAGGAGGAAGACAAUGUCCUGAUAGUUCUUUUCUUCCUUUUAAGCAGAUGCUUAAUGAUUGUGGUAUGCUAGAAUUUCCUUUCACAGGUGAUAUGCUUUCUUGGGUGGGGUAGAGGGCAGGAGGAUCAACAGUCCGAUGUCGUUUAGACAGAGCUGUAGGAAAUGCAGACUGGCAUGAGAAGUUUCCCCACUCGGCUGUAAAGUACAUGAGGCUAUGGGGAUCGGAUCAUCGUCCGAUUCUUGCAGAUAUACUCAUAAAGCCAACGAGAAGAUCCAAAAAGUUUAAAAAUGGUUGGAUAAUGAAGAGCUAAGGCAAGUUAUCCUUGAGGGAUGGAAAUCUCCUGAUCUUCCUCCCAAUGCGUCUAUCAUGGAACAUAUUUCCAGCUGUAGGAGAGCCUUGAGUGAAUGGCGAAGGCAAAAUAAUGUCAAUUCGGCAAAAUUAGUGGAGGAGCUUAAAGAAAAGGUGAAAGGAUUGUAUGCAGAUGAUAAUGCCACAACUGAGGAAAUUGCAGCAGCCCUAAAAGAACUCUCAGAUGCCCUUAAAGCAGAAGAGAUGUUCUGGAAGCAGAAGAGAUAUUCUGGAAGCAGAAGAGUCGGGUGUUUUGGUUGAGAGAAGGAGAUAGAAAUACAAAAAUUUUCCAUGCCUUGACGAAGCAAAGAAGAGCAAGGAAUAAGAUCAUACAGCUCCUAGAUGAGAAUGGAAAUAUUGUUGAGGAUGAAGAAGGAUUAGUAGCCAUAGCUACUAGUUAUUUUAGGCAAAUUUUUGAAUCAUCGAAUCCAGAGGAAAUUGAGGAGGCGUUAGCUCAAGUUCCAACAACGAUCACUGGUGAUAUGAAUGCCAACCUUACAGCCCCGGUCUCUGAAUGGGAAGUCAAAUUAGCGCUUUUUGCCAUGCAUCCAGAGAAGGCCCCAAGACCAGAUGGGAUGACUGCGAUUUUUUACCAGAAAUUCUGGGAUAUAGUAAAAGAGGAUUUAACUCUUAUGGUUAAUAAAUUCCUGUUUGAGGGGGUAAUGGCGAGUGGACUGAAUGAUACAAAUAUAUGUCUCAUCCCGAAGGUAACCAAGCCGAAUGCAAUGGCUCAGUUUAGGCCCAUUAGUCUGUGCAAUGUCAGCUAUAAGAUAAUCUCUAAGGUCUUAUGCCAGAGGUUAAAAAAAGUACUACCAGGCUUGAUAUCGGAAACCCAGUCAGCCUUUGUUGCUGGGAGACAGAUUUCAGAUAAUGUUAUGAUCGCUCAGGAAAUGUUCCAUGCAUUGCGAACAAAACCAAGUGGACGGAAUAAAAGGAUGGCCAUCAAGACAGACAUGAGCAAAGCAUAUGAUAGGAUGGAGUGGUCCUUUAUUGAAGCUGUCCUACGAAAGAUGGGAUUCUCAGAGACUUGGAUCAGCUGGGUCAUGCGAUGCAUUACAUCGGUGAAAUAUAAAGUUCUCAUGAAUGGAGAGCCAAGAGGGAAUAUUACUCCAGGUAGAGGAUUACGCCAAGGAGAUCCUUUGUCUCCUUUCAUUUUUAUUCUAUGCACGGAAGCGCUCGCUAGCCUUCUUAAUCAUGCAGAGAUACAAGGGAAGAUAACAGGGAUGCGUGUUACACGCACGUGUCCGUCGGUAUCCCACCUUCUCUUUGCUGAUGAUAGCCUUUUCUUCUGUAAGGCGGAGCCCCGUGAAUGUGAAGAAGUAAUGAAAGUAGUCAGAAGAUAUGGCAAAGCAUCUGGUCAAUGUAUCAACUUUCAUAAAUCGUCCUUACUCUUCGGUAAGCGGAUUAAUGCAACCACUAGACAAGAGAUCAAAGAUGCACUUGGGAUACAGAAUGAAGGUGGAAUGGGUACAUACUUGGGCAUCCCCGAAGACAUAAGCGGAUCUAAAUGCAAACUUUUUGCAUUCCGGAAAGAUAAGCUGGUGCAUAGAGUGAAUGGAUGGACAGGUAGAUGGCUCUCAAAAGGUGGGAAGGAAGUGUUGAUUAAAUCCAUCCUGCUUGCUCUCCCGACAUACGUCAUGUCGACUUUCCUGCUCCCAUUGGAGAUAUGCGAAAAUUUAGCCAGUGCCAUCGCCCAAUUCUGGUGGAGCUCGAAUCCACCAAAGAGAGGUAUACACUGGGCAAAAUGGGAAAAAGUGUGUCUACCAAGAGAAGAGGGUGGAAUUGGCUUCCGAAUGAUCCAUGAGUUCAAUCUGGCACUUCUGGCUAAACAACUAUGGAGACUAGUACAGUUUCCUGAUUCUCUUGUCCCUCGAGUUUUACGGGGAAGAUAUUAUAGAUUGAGCUCUCCCUUGAGAGCAAACGCUGUGACCAGCCCAUCCUAUGUGUGGACUAGCAUUUCUGCUGCAAGAAAAUUGCUAUUAUUGGGCAUUAGACAGAAGAUUCAUUCAGGCUAUGAAGUUAAGGUAUGGGAGGAUCCAUGGAUCCCAUCGACCCCCGCGAGGCCAGCUGUCUCCAUAGCGCCUGUGAUGCAUCCUAAUAUGAGAGUAAGCGAUCUUAUUGAUCAGGAAUCAAAGGAAUGGGAUGUGGGACUAUUGGAGAAUUAUGUUCAUCCUGAGGAUAUACCACUCAUAAGGAGUUUGGCAAUAAGUUCAACUCAUCGUCGUGAUACUUUCUGCUGGGACUUUACAAGAAAUGGCCAAUACACGGUCAAAUCUGGAUAUUGGGUGGCUCAGAAUCUAUUAAAGGUAGCGGAGGAAAAGGAUGUUUUAGAGCCAAGUAUUACAAAGCUCCAAGCCUUUGCGUGGAAAUUGAAGGCUCCUACGAAGAUAUGUCAUCUUAUAUGGCAGUUGUUAACUGGUCAUGUGGCAGUAACGAGGAACUUAGUUAGACGUAAUAUGAGGUGCGAUAAUUAUUGCCCAAGAUGUAGAGAAGUGGAGGAGACCGUUACACAUGCAAUUUUUGAAUGCCCGCCAGCUCUUCAAGUGUGGUCUCUAUCAUCUACUCCGACAGGUCCAAAUAUUUUUCCGGUUUCGAGCGUCUACGCAAAUAUGGAUUAUCUAUUCUGGAGAAAGAAUAGUAUCAUUAGGCCAGAGCAAGAUAGGGACCCAUAUCCCUGGAUAAUAUGGUACAUUUGGAAAGCUAGGAAUGAAAAGCUCUUCAGGGGAAUAGAUAGAGAUCCAUUGGAUCUAGUUAGACAUGCAGAGAGGGAAUGUCAAGCUUGGUUUGAUGCUAAUGAAGUGGUACAACCUGUGGCACACGAUAAUAUAAAUGAGGAACUCCAAGUCGUACGCUUGAGAAAUAUUUGCUUGUUAGAUGGAUCUUGGACAUCUUCUGCUAACUUUAGUGGAAGCGGAUGGGCAUGGAUGGAUAGUUCUGGGAACACGCAACUUAUGGGAACAAGGAACCUUCCCCCACGCGAAUCAGCCUUACACUCGGAAGUAGAAGCACUGCGGUGGGCGAUGGAGAAUAUGCUACAAUAUUCGACCUGCCAAAGCUUUGGGACAGACUGUAAGGAACUAAUUGCAAUGGUAAAGGACCCUCAGGCGUGGCCAAGCUUUUCGACAGAAUUGGAAAGGAUAGAGACGCUACAGAUAUGCUUCCCAGCAUUCAAAAUCUCCCACGUUCCACGGACGCACAAUCGGACUGCUGAUUUUUUGGCUAAGACUGCUAGAUCUUUUCAUAGGGAGUUACAUUUUGUUGGUUGUUUUAUUCCGGUUUGGUUAUCCAGACCACCUCAAGUUUGAGUAAUAGAAUGGUCUUUUGACGUCAAAAAAAAAAAAAAAAAACGGAUAAAAUA